AUGGAGGAAAAUAUCUUGUGCCAAUGGAGUGUAAUUCGAUCCAUAUUAGCCAUUCUUCAAUGGUGGGGUUUCAAUGUCACUGUUAUUAUCGUGAACAAAUGGAUCUUUCAGAAAAUGGAUUUCAAGUAUCCGUUGUCAGUGUCGUGCAUACACUUUAUAUGCUCAGCUAUUGGUGCAUACUUGGUAAUCAAAGUGCUGAAGCUUAAGCCACUCAUUCCAGUUGAACCUGAAGAUCGCUGGAGGAGGAUUUUUCCCAUGUCUUUUGUAUUUUGCAUCAACAUAGUCUUGGGGAAUGUGAGCCUGCGCUAUAUUCCUGUUUCUUUUAUGCAAACUAUAAAGUCAUUUACCCCGGCAACAACAGUUAUCUUGCAGUGGCUAGUCUGGAGAAAAUACUUUGAGUGGCAAAUUUGGGCUUCUCUUGUUCCCAUUGUUGGAGGAAUUCUCCUCACUUCUAUCACAGAGCUCAGUUUUAAUAUGUUCGGUUUUUGUGCUGCUUUGUUCGGUUGCCUUGCUACAUCAACAAAGACCAUUCUUGCGGAGUCUCUGCUGCAUGGUUACAAAUUUGACAGCAUAAACACAGUGUAUCACAUGGCACCUUUUGCUACUAUGAUUUUGGCUGUACCAGCCUUACUACUGGAAGGAUCUGGGGUUCUGGAAUGGAUUCAGACAUGUCCCUCACUUUUCUCUUCCCUCGUUAUUAUUUUUGGGUCUGGAGUGCUGGCAUUUUGCUUGAACUUUUCUAUCUUCUAUGUCAUUCACUCCACUACCGCAGUGACCUUCAAUGUUGCUGGAAAUCUUAAGGUUGCUGUUGCUGUUACAUGUUCAUGGUUGAUCUUUAGGAACCCAAUUUCUGCCAUGAAUGCCAUUGGAUGUGGCAUAACUCUUGUUGGAUGUACGUUCUAUGGGUACGUAAGGCAUAUGCUUGCACAACAACCACCGGGGACCCCUCGUACACCCCAAACUCCAAGGGGCAAAAUGGAGUUGCUUCCUUUAGUCAAUGAAAAAUUAGACGAUAAAGUUUAA